UUUUUUCUUAGAACAUGUUUCUCACAGAUCCAAUCACUAUUGUUCUAUCAGUUAUAAUAUGUCUUUGUUUGAUAAGUCUUCUGUAUGGUUGGAACAGAAUCACAUCACCGAACUUCCCUCCUGGACCCAAGCCUCUGCCGAUUAUUGGAAAUCUCCAUAUCAUUAACAAACAUGCACCCCAUAAAACAUUUCUAGAGCUGGCAAAAAAGUAUGGCCCAGUAUACAGCGUCCACAUGGGACUUAAUAAAAUGGUUAUACUCUGUGGAUAUGAAACCGUGAAAGAUGCGCUAGUGAACCACGCUGAAGAGUUUUCUGGAAGAGGAACAUUGCCAGUUUUUCAUGACAUGAAUAAUGGAAAUGGUGUGGUUUUUGCUAGGAACUGGAAGGUAAUGAGGAGAUUUACUCUUACAACUUUACGGGAUUUUGGAAUGGGAAAACGAACAUUAGAAGACAAAAUUAAUGAAGAAUGUGACUUUUUGGCGCAAAUACUUGAAGCCUUUAAGGGAAAGCCAUUUGAAAAUACAAUGAUCAUGAAUGGUGCUAUAGCCAACAUUAUUGUUGCCAUAUUACUUGGUCAUCGCUUUGAUUAUGAAGAUCCAAAAUUCCUGAGACUAAUGAGCAUCAUAAAUGAAAAUAUAAGGCUUUUGGGAAGUCCAGCAGUGACGCUAUACAAUAUAUUUCCAUCUUUGAUGCGCUGGAUUCCAGGAAAUCACAAAACAAUUCAUAAAAAUAUUGCAGAGUUUCAAAGAUUUAUUAAAGAGACAUUUACAAGUUACGAGGAUCACUUGGAUGUAAAUGACCAGAGAAAUCUGAUUGAUGCGUUUCUGGUCAAGCAAAAAGAGGAAAAACCUACUCCUGGAUUAUAUUUCCACAAUGAAAAUCUAGUUAAUCUUGUAUCGAAUUUGUUUGGUGCUGGAAUGGAGACAACAUCAACCACUCUUCGCUGGGCUUUUUUGAUAAUGAUGAAAUACCCUGAAAUACAAAAAAAUGUGCAAAAUGAAAUUGAAAAAGUGAUUGGAUCAGCUAUGCCCCUAAUGGAACAUAGAAAAAAGUUGCCUUAUACUGAUGCAGUUGUUCAUGAAAUUCAACGAUUUGCCAAUAUUCUACCAACAAAUCUUCCACAUCAGACUACAAGGGAUGUAACAUUUAAAGGAUAUUUUAUUCCAAAGGGGACCACCAUUUUCCCAGUGCUCACUUCUGUAUUGCAAGACAAGGAUUAUUUUGAGAAACCAGAUGAGUUUUACCCUCAACACUUUCUUGAUUCUGAAGGGAAUUUUGUACGGAAUGACGCAUUCAUGCCAUUUUCAGCAGGUCAAAGAAUUUGUGCUGGGGAGAAUUUAGCCAGAAUGGAGCUGUUUCUGUUCUUUACAAGACUGUUGCAGAAGUUCACAUUUCGUCCUCCUCCGGGUGUUCCUGACGUUGAGCUUAUUUCAAUGGACGGAGCUACUAGAAAUCCCAAGAAAUAUCAGAUGUGUGCUAUACUUCGUAUCUAGAUGUGUGCUGUACCUCAUACCUAGAUGUGUGCUGUACCUCGUACCUAGAUGUGUGCUGUACCUCGUACCUAAAUGUGUGCUGUACCUCAUACCUAGAGUAGAAAAUAAAGAUUUAAAUGUGGCCUUUUGUCAACAUGUUUGUAAUAAAGAUUUGUCUUUUCUGACUCCA